CCAACAAGCGACGACCCCCUUUAGGGGGGAUGAGCUGAGCUGACCAGAGCACAUCAUAAGAAAUUCAAGCUCGACACGGAAUAGCUUAUAAUGUGUUUGAAAGGGGAAGCCUACAAUUUUACUGUGGAAGAGGUAUGGAGAUCCCCUACGAGAUCACGUAUCCUCUCCACAUUCCCUAAAGAUCAUAAUUUGUUUUAUUCAUUAAUUUGUCAACGGAGCAAGCUAUGUAGACAGUUCAUUGACACAACAUUGUGGAAAAUCGCUUUAUAUGGAUCUAUGAAUUGAUGACAACAAGAUUCCAUUCGGGACAGGCAGUUCGAGAUUCCGUAUAAAGUAAUACUAGAUUCUUGGCUUCAGUUCCCUGUCUUGUGUUUUCGUCUCUGGUCAACUAAAACAUAUCGGUGAGUACGGGCGAAGCAGCAUAUGAGGUCAUAUCCAGGUUCAAUUUACAGCAGGGGAACAACAAUCCCUAAAAACCCACACCAUAGAAAGUGCCAAAAUGCAACAGGAAAAACAAACAGCAGAGCAGCAGCGGCGGUGGCAUCAAUUUAAUUCACCUCCCAGGAUAUGCCCAGUUACCGAGUUGAUAGUAGCAAUUCCAUCUACUGUAGGGUCAGGAGUCCAGGAAAAUUCCCACCUUAUGUCAGAAAUCAUGGAACUAGACAGUUGGAUUGACCCAAUUGCGGAAUCCUGCUGGAUGAGACCAGACUCUGGAUCACUUUCUCAUGUUAAUUUUUCAUCUUUAGUGGCCUCUCCAGAAUCCUCCACUUCUUUUUUCUCUGCAUACUCUCCUUUGGUGCAGUUGGGUGUUCAAUCUCGUUCCCAGUCUUCCUCUGCCCUUGUUGAGUCUGAUUCAGCUACUGCUGCUAGUUGUAGGGAGCAUUUUCAUAUCGAAUCCUCUAGUGAUGAUGAAAGACAACAACAGCAGAUGCAGUUGGCAGUCAGUACUGCUUUUCCUUCCCAUUCGUCAGGAUUCUCGCCCUCAAUUGCCAAUUUUCCUGUUGGCCUUUCACAGUUGAUUCUGCCAGACGACCUCUUAAUGACAUCAUCAUCGUCUGUGGCUUCAGGAAAUUCUAAUGAGCAACCACUAUUGAAGAAUGCUGCCACAGUUGAGAUGGCUUAUUCAACUUCAACUAUGUUGAAACAGUUCGAUGACUUUUAUAAUACCAGGAGCACAGGUAGUCUCAGCCCAAGCAGCUCUUGGGAGCAGAGGUUGUUCAAGGAAAUAACCUCGGAGUAUUAUGAUCCAAGAUUAGAAGAGAGUCCGAUGUCCGAUUUUGUUACUGAUGUCGAACAGCAGAAACAUCAAAAUGAUAUUGAGAAAGGGAAGUACCAGGGUCCAUUAUUAAACCGGCUUUCAAAUCUUAGAACUGAAACAAGAAAUACUAUGCUCUUUCAAACAGUGCCAGUAUCUCUUGCACAAAAAUUUAUAAGAGCUCUUACAUACCUUAAAAACUUGUCUGGAGAGAAUAUUCUUGCACAGGUCUGGAUUCCGGUGAGAGACGGGAGCAGAUAUGUCUUAACAACGUGUGAACAACCCUUUGUGCUAGAUCAUAGAUUGACUGGAUAUCGAGAAGUGUCAACUAAUUAUACUUUUGCAGCAGAAGAAAUUCCAGGUUCUUUUCCAGGGCUACCAGGUCGGGUUUUCCUCCGAAGGAUGCCAGAAUGGUCUCCGAAUGUGCAAUUGUAUAGUGGCAGUGAAUAUCUAAGGGUAAAUCAUGCACGUGAGUAUAACAUCCGUGGAUCCAUUGCAGUGCCCGUCUUUGAGCCUGAUGGUCAGUCAUGUGUUGCAGUUGUGGAAGUUGUUACAACGGCAGAGAAAUUUAGUUUCAAAUCUGAGGUUGAUAAUCUUAGCAAAGUACUUCAGGGGGUCAAUUUAAAGAGCAGUAAUGAAGGUUUGGAGCAUUCUAAAUUGGAGCGCCACUCUGAACACCAUGAGGCUGCUUUAGCUGAGAUACUAGAAGUUUUAACAGCUGUCUGUCAGACACACAAACUUCCACUGGCACAGACCUGGGUUCCAUGCAGGCAUUGCAAUAUGCAAUUGGAUGGAGGUAUGGAUGGAAAGAGCAGUGAUACUCAAAAUGGCAGCCUGGGUCAGACUUUCUUGUCACUUCAGGAUCGGGCAUGUUAUGUAAAUGAUCCUGUUAUGAAGGGCUAUAAGGAUGCAUGCUCUGAAUAUCAUUUAGAGAAAGGGCAAGGAGUCCCUGGAAAAGCAUUUGAAUCAAAUCAACCAUAUUUUUCAAAUAAUGUAAAAUCUUAUAGCAUAACAGAGUACCCUCUUGUCCAUUAUGCACACCUGUUUGGUAUGAAUGCUGCUGUUGCUGUUCGCUUACGAAGCACUCACACUGGAAAUGAUGACUAUGUUCUGGAGUUUUUCCUCCCAACCAAUUGUAAAGACAUCUCUGAGCAGCAACUCAUGUUGAACAGUUUAUCUAUUACCAUGCAGAGGGUGAGCAAAAGCCUAAGAACUGUAGGUGAUGAUGAGCUGAAGGAAGAUGGAAUUAAGGGGAAGGAAAAUUCACAGAGUGAGUGUGAAAAUUUCCCAUCUGUUAGCAAUACGCAGAGGAAUUAUAAACCGCAUCAGAUUCCUUUGCCUGGCUCUCUAAUUGAUCGGGACAAUUUCUCUAGGGAAGGAAUGGCUGAUCAGGAUUCGCAUCAACAGAAGGAUUACGCCUUUUCAAAGAAGAAGCUAGAAAAGAGGCGUGGUACCGCAGAGAAGACUAUAAGCUUAAAUGUUCUUCAGCAUUACUUUUCUGGAAGCCUUAAAGAUGCUGCCAGGAGCAUUGGAGUGUGCCCCACUACAUUGAAAAGGAUAUGCCGACAGCAUGGAAUUGCAAGGUGGCCAUCACGCAAGAUAAAUAAAGUUAACCGAUCUAUAAAGAAGCUUCAAGGUGUCAUUGAUUCAGUACAGGGGCCAGAUGGAGCUUUGAAAUUAAAUGCCAUUACAAGUGACAUACUCACUACAGCUUCCAGGGUCCAAGAAUUGCAGAUGCGUACCAGUAUCCCAUCCUCUCAGGGAAGCUGGCCAGUUUCAUGGCCCUCUGCACAGGAGUUUGUAUUAAGCCAAGCUGUGCCAGGUGAAGCAAAUGUUCCUAUGAUGGAAACUAUGUCUCAUCAGAAUGAAGAAAUUAUAAAGGAUGUGCCCCCGACAGAAUUUUCAGCUGGAUUGGAAUCCUCACCUUCUGUGAAGGCAACUCCAGGGGCACAAGGUGGUAGUGAUACUCACAUGCAAAGCCUCCCAGCUGAUGGAAGCAUUUCAUCAAGGCAGGAUGAUUUAUUUGCACAGAAUUCUCGAGGGAGUACCCAGCAAGGACCAUUGAGUAAUGUCAAAGGCGGAAAAGAGCUAAGUAGGAACACAGAUAAAGAUUCUCACUCAGAAGGGUUGACUCAUCAAAAAGGUGUGAGAACCAUGAGUUCUAUUCAUGCACCUUUUACUGAAAGGUGUCAUCGUGUGACUAGCACAUUUGAUAUUAGUGAUGAAUUGAAUUUCAGCAGAGAAAAUCAACAGACAUCUUUCCAGCAAAGGUUCACAGAGGGAAUUCUGGAAAGCCAUCUACAAUCUAGAAAUCAUUUUCAAGGAGGAAAACAUUACCAUGUGGACUUGAAGGAGAUUAAGGAGCAUGUGAACUUGCAGGAUGCUGACAACCGUGUCACUUCCAGAAGCUCAAAUCUUGUUGAUCUGGCUAAUGACACAGGACCUAGAUUUUAUGCUAGAGAUGAAGUAGUAUCUGGGCAGAAAAUAAUUCUCCCCAGCUCUUCAGCUAUUACAAAUUCUUCAAAUGGUUCUGAAUCUUCACUAUUCCAUCCAAGUGAUUCUGGUUCACCCACAGAUAGUAUUGUAGAUAUUUCACAAAAAGAAAUACUUAUUAAAGAUGAGAGUUUAAGAAUUACAGUGAAGGCAACAUAUAAAGAAGAUACAGUUCGAUUCAAACUGCCAUCAACUUCUGGAUAUUCUGAAUUAUGUGAGGAAGUGGCUCAACGAUUUAAGGUGGCAAUUGGCACAUUUCAGCUCAAGUAUCUAGAUGAUGAUGACGAGUGGGUGAUAUUGACAUGCAAUGCUGAUUUGUUAGAGUGUAUAGAUGUAAUGAACUUUUCUGGUCGGCAUGCAAUUAAGCUUUUGGUUCGUGAUUCGGUCUUUGAUGCUGGGAGCUCUAGUGAAAUGUUAAGAUGAAUCUUGUUUUUACUCUGGUUUUGGAGAUUCUAACUGGGAUUUCUCAUCUCAAUUGUAUGAUUUUCUGUACUCAUAGAUUCCUGGAUGCAGUAAGAGAUUAAGCUGUUAAUUUUCCUCUUUAAGUGCCAAGCACUGGCAGUCAUGAAUGUACGCAUAUCUACAUGUAAAUGAAAAGAAAAAUGGUAAUGCCUGACGAAAGAUUAUCCAUACGGAAAAAUGUUUGUGUCUCAGUUUUGGUAGCUUCAUUUUUGGCUGGAUGAACUCUUCAAAAUUUUACAGCUAUCAAUUAGUGCAAUAUGGUAUCACCAGUCAUUUUCCGUAUAAUAUUGCAAAUCAUGUUAUGGCAUCAUCAUCUUAGGUACUUAUUGGGACUUAAGAUACUGGCCUUAUGACAUUCCACUUAGAUAGUUACCAGGACUGGCAUUUAAGCUUGGAGAUAUGGAAUGGCCUAUAGAAUGGACUGCAUCACCAGUUCAGGAACUCAUUCAAUGUGAGGGCCUUUGGGUACUCUCCCAACGGAGGUCUGUUAGGUGCUUGACCUUGAGGUCGAGGAUCCGAAGGACCCUUUCCCAUUUAAGGUGCUCAUCUAACAUUCAUUAUUUUAAUACUUUUACUUGGACUAAACAGAAAAGAGCAGUUAUAUUUCAAAGAGGAGAAUUGGCACGGCAUGGUUUCAUCUGGAGCUUGGUCAGAAGGUUGAAACCGAAAGAUACAACAUUUGAACCAUAUAAGGAAAAGUUAAAGAACUCCCCAUGCUCUCCUAAAUGGGAUCUCAUACGCGGAAGAGAAGAGCUGCCUAAGCUCAGACCUAAAAGUCAACUUUACAUUUACCUCUAGAAGUUAAAACAAGUAUUCAUUUGAAAAUGAAGCCAAGAUAGAUUCGGUGGGAUGAUUUUAAUUAUAAUAAAAUCCUCUGUUUUUGUUAGUUUUUUCCUUCGAGUGCUGGGUCAAAGGCACAUUAAUUCAUUUUGAGCUCAGGAUAAUCUAACAAUUUCAAGAAUAAUAUGCAGAUGCUUACACAAUCUCCAGUAAUUAUUUAAUUUCCCAAAAUUGCAUGCAAAUCAUUAGUGCUGUGUAAAAGUACAUAGACAAUUGAUAACGGUUUCUUAGAGAUUUCCAUCCCAAUCGGUGUGGUUAAAUUGUCUAUACCACCCUUUGUGGUGGAGAUACCUUUUAACUGAAUCCACAAGUAAAAAUAAUAUACCUUGAAGUGCCUGAAGAUCAUAUAAAAAAUCAUCUGAGCUACUUACCGUGAACUCUCAAUUAGAAUGAACGUCAC